AUGCGCCUUUCUAUAUCCUGCAAUGCUUGUCGGCAGUCCAAAGUCAAGUGCGUGAAUGAAGGUCGUCCUCCCUGCCGUCGGUGCCAGCGACAAAACCGACAGGCUUGUGUGCUCACUGAUCCGAGAGCAACGCCUGGCCGGCCACAGAGAAGAGUCUCGCAGCGAGUCCAAUGCGAGACAAGAUCUGCUCCCAGAACUGCCGAGAAAAAUAUCAUCCCUUCUACUGUCAAUAAUGCCCCCGACUCAAAUGAAGACCUCCGAUGCACGCCUUCUAACCCGCUUGCUUCGCUAUCUCCAUCCGUCCUCAUCAGUGCCUGCGAUACCUACCGGAAGAAAUUCCCCGUAGCAAACUUCCUGCACUACCCAUCGCUGAUUGCCAACCUCUCUUCCAAUCCGUCUUCCGUGGAUCCGGUGUUCCUGGCUUCAUUGCUCUCCCUUUGUGUCCGCUUUCUUCCAGGACAUGGCCUGGACGCUGGUGAGACCUACGCGGCUUAUGCACGCACCGAGUUGGCGCGCAGGGCCUUUGAGGCGCCUUCACUGUACCUGGCACAAUCUCUCGUGAUGAUCACGUUCUAUGAAUGGGGGUCAGGUCAUCCAUAUAGGGCAUGGAUGUAUAGCGGAAUGGCGACGUAUAUGAUCCAAUCGCUGCUAAAGACGGCAGACGACAGCAUGGAGCACAAUCCAGACGAGUUCCACGCCUCCCAGAUACAGUACGAGCAACUCGUUCGCACAUACUGGUGUUGCUUCGUGCAAGACUGCGAGCUAAGCUCCGGAGCCCGCCAGCAUUUCGCUCUGUCCUUUCGCCAGAUCUCCGUGCCCCUGCCGAUCAGCGAUAAUGAUUUUAACUUCGGCCGUCGAGGAUCACCGAGGUUGAUGCCCGCGGGUCUUAGUCGAUCCUCCCCUCCGUGCGUGAAGAUGACGAUUGAUCGUGGUCUCGCCGUCGUCACACGUGGGUUUGACAUCUUUGUGCGUAUUCUGCGUUUUGCUAAUGAAAGUCGUCGAGCUCGGGCGUCUUCCGCGACUAUGGCGACGAGUUCAUCGUCGCUGCGUCCAACCUGGCAGAAUCUUAAGGGGGAGCUGGAUGAAUGGAGAUCCCUGCAGGACGUGACUUUGCGGUAUCCGGCUACCAGUGCCCAGGCGCAUGUUGCUUUUGGAUACGGGGAACUAUUUGCUUAUAUCAAUCUGAUAUAUUUCAUGAGCAUUCUCUUCCUCUAUCGAGAUCAGCUUUUGUCCUCUUUAAAACAGACGCAUGAUCCACGUCAUGACCCUCGUACCUCAACUGGCUCAGAUAGCUCUGCCUGGUGCGAAGGUGCCAUUGAACAUCUUUUCGAAGCAGCACAAAGCAUUGGAGAUAUCCUCUCAGCCCUCUCAGCCUCCGCGACGCCCGUCAUCACCCCAUAUUCCGGGUUCAGCGUCUUUGUUGCUGCCCAUGUAAACAUGUACGGCGCCGUGUCACCACGCUAUCCAGGCGGGAAAGAGCGUGCAGAAGCCGAAAAGAAGGCCAAUUUCGCGUAUCUUGAGCGGCUGUGCGAGUUCUGGCCAGUCGGGCAUAACUGGGUAUGUUUGCAAACUCUCAUUUACCAUCCUCGUGUCCUGGGUUUCUAUCCAUGAACAAAUUAACAACCAGUAGUGGCGGACAGUACAGGAAGCAGACAAAUUCUACGAAAACGCAAAGAAUAACCAAGAGCUGGCCGCUUCCAGCGACCGUCAUAUCAACCUGGCAGGAACCCUGGAUGAGUACGGUGACAUUCGAUCUUCUCAUCCGCUCCACGAGCUAUCGUCGAAUAUCCGCCAACAAGAAAGAGAAACAAGGACAGCAGAUAUCCCGCCCAGUAAUACUAACAGUAUCAUAAGGGCAGAUUUUCCUGCGCAGGGGUAUGUGCCAUUCAGCGAUCAAUAUACAGUGGAGGAGAUGGACAUGUUGCAAUGGCCAUUUAUCGAUGAGACAUGGUCAUCGGGGUUCGACACGGGGUUUGACACUGCGUGGCCCAGUGUGGAUUAACGGGGAUUGAUUCAGUUCAUAAGUCAGCAAUGAAAAGCCGUGGGGAUCCAACCAGAUGUAUUAUUAAUUAUUACAUGAAGUUCCGGACCCGGUGGUACGAGAGAUGCAUCUGGCAUUUACGCUUAUACAACGCUUAUACAAGGCAGCCUAGCGGCUCAAAGCGAAUUCCCGCCGGAACUCGCCGAAACAGAAUUUACUGAUCGUGAUGUAAAUGUGGGUAUUGAC